CAUUCACACAUCUUUUUGACAUUGUUUCAUUGUUUCAUAUAGGGGUUUUUAAUAUUCUUAUUUUUAUUUUUUGUUUAUUAAGAAAUAUUUAUAAUGCCAAUAUGUGUUGAGUGUGGGGCAGCAGUGUCUUCACUGUAUACAGAAUACAGUAAAGGCAACAUCCGACUUACAUACUGCGAGCAUUGCAAGAAACUAGCGGAUAAAUAUGUGGAGCAUGACUUUGUAAUCAUUUUUGUCGACAUGGUCCUGCACAAGAAGCCUGUAUAUCGACACUUGUUAUUCAAUCGGUUACCAUAUCGCGAUCUGGGAAUCGAUCCAAAUGUGUUCAAACUGGGAGUAUUAUUGAUCUUAUUCGAUGUUUAUAUCAAGUGGUUUAGACUGGAGCAAGAAGCGGUUGUAGUAGAUGCCGACUUUGCACAGCACGCUUUAGUGUUUCAAUAUCUAUAUAUCUUAUUCCUUUGUAUCAUAGAGUUCCUUUCAUUUCACUUUGGUGUACGCUUAAUUGUCAGUCUAUGCUAUGGUGGACGUUAUGCUAUCCUCAAAUACAACUACAUCACUACAGCACUUAUCAUCUCGAGCUUUGGCAAGAUGCUGUUAAUCCUAAUGGUCAUUUGGGACUACACAGAAUUGGAGCAUUCUUGGCAUCUAGUCAACUUUAUCGUCUUUACAUCGAACAUCGAGGCUCUCUCAGUUUUCCUAGAUACAGGGUACUUGCAGACAACACUAGUAAUUGUCUUUGGGAUCGCUUGCAGAAUCUUGAUGCAGAUAGUCUUUACAAACAUUACUGGCGAUUCUGAUCUCGUUGCCAUAGCAAGCAUGUAAUCUCUAACUUUUUUAUUUUAUUAUUAUUAUUAUUAUUAUUAUUAUUAUUUUUCGUCUUUACAGAAUGUUGAAUCAUCUUUUAUAUUAAACUCAUGACAG